AAACGCGCAACAACUCGGAAGGGUGAGGGGGCGGACGGACAGGAAACCACAAUUCCCGGCAGGUCGCGCGCUGGCGCCGUGGAGACUGCUGGGAGAGUGGGACUCCUUCGUUCUUCUCCAAUGUGCGGGUCUGCUAGGGAGCCGGCCUUGCUGCAAAACCGAAGUCGCCCAAUGAUGAUGUUGUGAAGUCGCCUGGCCGUCCCUGCCACGCCCGGGCGGUUACUGCAAGCCGCGGCCGCUUCGGCUGCAUCUCUCAGGCUACCACCGCUUUAGAUCCUAUUCCCUGAGGGAGAGCGGGCGGAGGACGGAGGACGUCGGGCCAUUCCCGUCAUGACUCUCCAGGGUAUGAUAAUCACAUGAGAACACUCAUUUGCUGCAGAUGUCAUUUGACUCAUCCAAAAAAAGCUGUUUUAAAGAAAAUAGCUGUACGACCAGAUCCAUUUUGUUAUUGAAUGGCUUGAUGGAUUUCCUUUACUCUGAUUCAUACCAAAGCUGCCCUUGUCAACCAAAGCAAGAAAGGAUCCUGCAUGAAUCAAUCACAGAAUGCCAUUUUCACAUCACCAACAGGUGAAGAAACCCUCAUGAGUAUCAAUCACAGAGACUCGGAGAGUAUCACUGAUGUCUGCUCCAAUGAGGAUCUCCCUGAAGUUGAGCUGGUGAGUCUGCUGGAAGAACAGCUACCCCAGUAUAAGCUAAGAGUAGACUCUCUCUUUCUGUACGAAAAUCAAGACUGGACUCAGUCUCCACGCCAGCAGCAGCAUGCGCCUGAUGCCCUCUCUCCAGUCCUUGCUGAAGAGACUUUCCAUUAUAUGAUUCUAGGCACAGACAGAGUGGAGCAGAUGACCAAAACUUACAAUGAUAUCGACAUGGUCACACACCUCCUGGCAGAGAGAGAUCGUGAUCUGGAGCUAGCUGCUCGAAUUGGACAAGCCCUCUUAAAACGGAACCAUGUCUUGUCUGAGCAGAAUGAAGCUCUGGAGGAGCAGCUGGGACAAGCCUUUGAUCAAGUUAAUCAACUGCAGCAUGAGCUGUCCAAGAAAGAUGAAUUACUUCGAAUUGUUUCUAUUGCUUCUGAAGAGAGUGAAACGGAUUCCAGCUGUUCUACACCCCUCCGGUUCAAUGAGUCCUUCAGCUUAUCCCAAGGUUUGCUACAGUUGGACAUGCUGCAAGAAAAACUCAAGGAACUGGAAGAGGAGAAUAUGGCUCUUCGAUCCAAGGCUUGUCACAUAAAGACAGAAACUAUUACCUAUGAAGAGAAGGAACAACAGCUUGUCAAUGACUGUGUUAAAGAACUUCGUGAAACAAAUGCUCAGAUGUCCAGAAUGACUGAAGAACUGUCUGGGAAGAGUGAUGAACUCAUUCGGUACCAGGAAGAGAUCUCCUCUCUCUUGUCUCAAAUUGUGGAUCUUCAACACAAAGUUAAAGAACAUGUGAUUGAGAAGGAGGAACUGAGACUUCACCUACAAGCUUCCAAAGAUGCCCAAAGACAGCUGACAAUGGAGCUGCAUGAGUUACAAGACAGGAACAUGGAGUGUCUGGGAAUGUUACAUGAAUCCCAAGAGGAAAUAAAGGAACUUCGAAGUAGAUCUGGCCCUGCUGCUCAUCUCUACUUCUCACAGUCAUAUGGAGCUUUUUCUGGGGAAUCUUUGGCAGCUGAGAUUGAGGGGACCAUGCGUAAAAAGUUGAGUUUGGAUGAGGAAUCUUCUCUCUUUAAACAAAAAGCCCAACAGAAACGGGUAUUUGACACUGUCAAGGUUGCCAAUGACACACGGGGCCGCUCCAUCCCAUUUCCAGCUCUGCUACCCAUUCCAGGGUCCAACCGUUCAAGUGUCGUCAUGACAGCAAAGCCUUUUGAGUCCGGUUUACAACAAACAGAGGACAAAACACUCCUGAAUCAGGGGAGCAACUCAGAAGAGGUUUCAGAGAACGUUCAGAAGGUGGGUCAACCAGGACCGUCUGGAGAUAGUGAUUUGGCUACAGCACUGCAUCGCCUUAGUCUGCGGCGCCAGAACUACUUAAGCGAGAAGCAGUUCUUUGCUGAGGAAUGGGAGCGGAAGAUCCAGGUUCUGGCGGACCAGAAAGAAGCGGCUAGUGGCUGUGGUACCCCCACAGAGAGCCUUGCCUCUCUAUGCACUGACCAGUCGGAGAUCACAGACCUCAGCAGUGCCAGUUGCCUUCGAGGUUUUAUGCCUGAAAAACUACAAAUCGUCAAGCCCCUUGAAGGAUCACAAACUUUGCACCACUGGCAGCAGCUCGCCCAACCAAAUUUAGGAACCAUUCUUGACCCACGACCAGGUGUCAUCACUAAAGGUUUUACCCAGUUGCCCAAGGAUGCCGUCUAUCACCUCUCGGAUUUAGAAGAGGAUGAAGAGGAAGGUAUCACUUUCCAAGUGGAACAGAAACCUUCAGUAUCCAAGCCAGUAACAGGAAUCUUCCUUCCAGCCAUUACUUCAGCUAGUGGUCCAGUUACAGUUGCAACCUCAAACCCAGGCAAGUGUCUAUCAUGCACAAAUUCGACAUUCACCUUCACCACCUGUAGGAUUUUGCAUCCUUCUGAUAUCACUCAGGUUACCCCCAGCUCUGGGUUCCCUUCAUUAUCCUGUGGAAGUAGUGGGAGCAGUUCAUCAAACACAGCUGUGAAUUCUCCUGCUAUGUCCUACAGACUCAGCAUUGGUGAAUCUGUUACCAACCGACGAGAUUCCACUAUAACCUUCAGUAGCACCACGAGCUUGGCCAAACUUCUACAAGAGCGAGGCAUUUCUGCUAAAGUGUAUCACAGCCCAGUUUCAGAGAGCCCCCUCCUCCAACCUAUCCCUAAAGCCCUGGCUAUUCCUUCGACACCACCAAAUUCACCAUCUCACUCACCUUGCCCUUCUCCUUUGCCCUUUGAGCCUCGAGUGCAUCUCUCCGAAAAUUUUUUGGCCUCCCGACCAGCCGAAACAUUCCUCCAGGAGAUGUAUGGUUUGAGACCUACCCGGAACCCUCCUGAUGUUGGCCAGUUGAAGAUGAACUUGGUGGACAGGCUGAAGAGACUGGGGAUUGCCAGAGUGAUCAAGACCCCUGAUGCACAGGAAAAUGGAAGAAGCCAAGAGGCAGAGAUUGGUCUUCGAAGACCGGACUCUGCUGUUUAUUUAAAUUCAGGUAGCAAUUUAUUGAGUGGACUGAGGAGGAAUCAGAGUCUUCCAGUCAUGAUGGGUAGCUUGGGCACCCCAGUUUGCACAACCUCCCCGAAAAUGGAUAUCCUGAAGGAAGACUGAGGUUCAGCAGUUAACUGACCUCUUAGACAAAUUAACACAUGAAGGAUGGAUUUGCACUGAUACCUGUAGUCCGGUCUGACUGAGAGACAAGGAAUGUUGCAGAUGGGUUGUGAAUGUGGAAAGGGGAAAGUGGAAGAAUGGAAACAGAAUUGGGAUGAGGCCCUAAUGAAUGAGGUCUAAUUAACUGAAAGCAUAAAUGAAUGGGUCAUGAACGUUUGGAGGCAGAUACAGAGGAAGGGUUUAAUAUACUUCUUCAGUUGGGUGUUCCUAUCUUGAGAAUAAAAAGUGACUGGACAAUAAAUUCAGUAAUCUCAAGAUAUACCAGUUAUACUGAACUUGCUAGCACAUUUACUUCUAGUAAGCAAAAGCAGCAAGAACCCAAGUUAGGAGAUGGGAAGAAAAAGGGAGCAGCUUUGACCACUGCCUAUAAAAAGCUGAACUGCAGGGUUGCUGAGCUAAGCACCAUCUGUUACUGAGACAAAUGAGAUGGCUCUUAUGUUUUACCCUGUUAAGGUCUGCUUGAAUUACAUAUCCAUCAAAUGGUAUGUACACGGCAGUAGCAAACAAGGAAUUUUAUCUUUUUCAUAAAAUCAGAGUAGUGGAAACUCCCUUUUGCUUUCUGUUUUCAAGCCUCUGAGCCACUGGGAGCCCAAAGGCCACCCAAAUUCCUUUUGUAUUUGUGAUAAUAAAAGAUCAUUUUUAAAUGUGUAUUUUUAUACAACACCUCCCAAAAAAAACAACAUGAAUUGGGGGUAGGAAGGAUUUACUUUAAGAAGGAAAAUAUGGGUAAAUUGGAACCAAGGAUACUUGUUUUCAGAAUAUUUCUUUUAGAUUAAGACAGUGGCCAAGGCGUGUGAACACAAUUACAUGUCUUUAUGUCCUUGGAGGCUGGAAGGGGUUAAACCAGAAGUGCAAUCAAUAGGAUUUAGGGAAUGUUGUGUAUUUAUGUCUGUACGUUUUUUCGUAGGGAGAGUUAGUUGCAACUAAACUUUUUCCAAAGUGCUAUGCAUAUUUUUUCAUUGAAGAUGACGUGUAUUUGCACAAAAAUUCUCAGGCAUAUUAAAUUAUUAUAAGCUAAAGUAAAACCCAGGUGCUUGCUUUCAGAUUGUGGUUUUUUUAAUGUAAAAUUAAAGCACAUCAGCCUUUUUCUUGACCUCUGUAGAAUUAGAGAAUGAACUUUUUUAAUGGGAAAGUCAAAGUUUUUGCUUUUUUUUCUGGGAUUCCUCUUUUUUUUUUUAACAAAUUCUGUGAAGUGGCAAAGUGAAACUCUGGGUUUCCGCAUUCAGCAGUGUGACACAAGGCCGUGAACUGGGAAGAAACAGAUAUGUUUCACUGCGUUGCCGAUCAAGGUCUGUUCAUCAGACAACAUGGCUUUCUCUGCACAGUACAGUUCAGAAAAAAAUACCAUUAUAUGAAAGGCAUGAUGGAGAAGAGAUGAGGGAGUGGGCUAAUUAUUUUGUUUUUGAAAGUGGGAGGCAAACUGAUCUUUUUGGAGCUCAAUUUGCAAAUGUUUGGCUCAUUUCUUCUGACUUAACUGGAAGACAGUUUUCUGGAGAAUUCUCUUUUUUUCUAAAAACAUUUUAUUU